AUGCCGCUGGAGGAGAUCAGCCCCAACACCCGAAAAGAUGCCACACAGAAUGGCGCCAAACAAGACGAGUUGGCGACAGUGCCGUCGACCACGUCACUUCGCUCCAGUGCCGUGCAAAGCAUGCUGAGAAACACGACCGAACUGGGAGACAGUGGUCCAUUUGCCGUUCGCCCUUCACGCAUUCCCCGUUCUGCUUCUCGCCUGCAGUCAACUAGACGCCGUACUGCCUCCUUGGAUGCCUCAUUCACUCCCCAGCUCGGACAUCAACGAUCCUCCCGAAGACGCUCCCACCGACACCACGGCCCGCGCCCGGCCCCAUCAUCUUCAGCGUUGUCAGGUGGAGAGACUAUCCAUUCUGCCCAGACGCCUCUGCGCUCAGGCCCGCGUUCAAAGAGAGUCGGCCAUCGCCACAGAUCGCAGUUUGUCAUCGGCCCCGGCGUUCCUGGCCAUCCUCUUCACACGCACAGAUCGCUGGUCACUCUACGCAGUCAGCGAGAUGUCCAUAGCCUGCAUUCCAGUUCUCCCAUGAUUGUCCACGGCCACAGACGCCGCCCUGGGUAUCGCGCCUCCUCCCCCGCUCUAAGCGAGGCAUACCCGUACAGAUAUGGUGCAAGACAUGGCUAUCCAAGAGUGGGAAGUGUUGGGACAGUUGCCUCAUCCCCCGUCUCUUUGCAUCGUCUGCGGCCUGGUCCACCUGGAUACCGACCUGAGUUGAACAACUCUAUCUCUUCCUUUGUCCGGCUCCCGUCGCCGGCCGUUUCUUCCAUGAAUGGGGUACCUGGUACUAGUUAUCCGCUUCAAAGAACGACUACUCCAAUGUCCAACUCGCUCCAGAGCUUUCGGCCGGUCUGGAAUCACAGUGCUGCCUCAUCUCGAGGUUUGCCAAAGUCUCCAACGAAGUCCACAACGCCUCACUAUUAUGACUAUUCCGAGUCUUUUCUCGAGGAGGAUUGCUUCUCACCGCCGGACGACCCUUCUGUAGCCAGUCUCCCCUUCAAUAUGGACCAGACAAUCCUAGACAACCUCCCGACUCCGGAACGCCGUCAGGCUCAAUCCCCUUUUGGCACGGUCCCUGGGUCUGUCUUCUAUCCGUUGGAGCUGCCGACUGGACACAACCGCCGUCCAAGUGAGCAAUCAAAACAAUCAAAAUACAGCUACGCUGGCGUGAUCCCGCCUCGAAAGUCGAGUCUCGGAGCCACCACUGCGCCGCCCACGAGGCCUGCUUCUGCCAACAAAAAGGCAAGUGAGAGGGUUAGUCCUGCCGAUCAGGACCACCUGGAAGGGUGGUCGCAAGAUGAAAAGGACAAUCUUCGGGCGUCAACCGCCUCACGUCGAACAUGCGGCUCGACCCACUCAAGUGCAUUCUUUCCAAACGCAAGUCGAAGCCCGCGAGAUCUCACAACUCUCGCGGCUCGAGUGCACUCACCUGUCUUUGACCACAAACCUUCCAUCUCCGGGCUGAUGGCGUACGGAGAUCAGCAUCGUGACAGGAAUCACCGGCAAGCAUUUAAUGACCUUCAACGGGUCCAAUCUCAAUGGGAAUUGCCUUCAUUCAAUUUUAGACCGCUUUCUUUCGGUUCUUACUCACCUGGGCUCAAGGAACGACCAAAGACAUCUGGCGAUGUCCGUUCGAAGGAGGGCCCCGAGAUAUUGUCACCAAUGCCUGAGCGCCCGAUGUCAUCACAGAGUAGAAAGCGGUUCAGUCGUAUUCUUGAAAUUCCCGACAACUAUAUCACUGACCGAGGAAAAGUACUCCAUCACGUUCAAACUUUCUCCCGACUCGAUGCUGUGGAAGAACAUCCUGACCUGCAAUCACUUGAGAGAGUUCUGUCGCCACACCCGGAGGGUGAACCAAAGAUCGAUGCUGCUGAGCAGCAAAACCAGUGGGAGACUCCGGCAAGGGAGCAAGCGGCCCCCAGUGCCAACGGGGAUGCCAGUCAGAUGACUAUCAACGAGAGAUCAACCAUCGAGUCACUCCUGGAUAGACAUAUUGAAUGCUUAGGCUUGACCGACAACGGAAUUGAGGGCGAGGGUGGUCCUCCUGAAACAGACAACUGUUCUGAGGAUCCAGUCGCUCCACCAGACAGUAGCGGAGAAAGCACCACCAGAGCACCGUCGAUCGUGCCGAGGAUUCUCUCACCAUGGAAUUUGAGGCCGACAACCUCGAGUUCGACUAUUCAGCACUCGAGUCUCGCCAGUUCCGAGAGGCGUCGACUCAUACCCCGACGUCUGUUUGCUAGUAUGGAUGCCAGACUGCCUCCCGGGGUAAUUCUAGAAGAUUAUCACGCCAAUUGCACAUCGAUCUUGUCGUCCGCCAGCUCGAAGAUCCGGGAACAUUCAUCCGGCUGGCAGACACUCCAGUCAACCAGCGGACUGUUAACUUCAGAGUCAACCAAAUCUGACCAGUCAAACAUCAAAGGAUCAUUGACAUCGGGUGACAUGGCUGACAUUGACUCGGAUCCUCCACGGGCGGGAUUCAAAGUCAGGAGGCUGUCAGAAUUGAGCUUAAGCCCCGAGGCGGAGAAUUCCCUGCCGGCCAGGAGAGUCCAGAAUGCGCUUCAUCACAGAUCAAAAAGUGACGUGCUUGCCAGACAGGCAUCGCAUCAGAGACGGCGGGCGCGGAUAAUGAUGAAGUCGAAGAGGAAAUCACAGAGUCUGGGACAACUGGAGGGCCUCGAACGGACGGGCGGGUUAAUAGCAGACGACGGCCGGGACGACGAUUGGACGACCGAAGAUUCGCUCGAAAAGAGGAGCGAGACGUCGCCAGUCGCUGGGUACGCCGAAUUGAGUGCGGACUCGGUGAUGGUGCAGCCGCCGACGACGGUGUCUGAAGGUAGUGUUCUUGUGUCGACGUCGAUGCCUCGAAGAUGGACCAGUAUGCUGGCUGCGAUGCCCGAACCCGUCAAAAAGGGCAUUGAAAUUGUUCGAAAAGCAUCAAUCCGGACUGUCCAAUCCAACCGAAGCAACGCUAGCAUUGUCGAACCUCUGAACAGUACGCGAUACAGUUCUCAAAUACCACGUGUGGGGUCGGUACCUCAGUUAGCCCCUCCAGAAUUUGGACCGCCUCUAACGUCCUCCGAUUUAAAUCUCAGCCUUCGGUUCCCUGACCCGCCACAGCCGUUGUAUCGACCCGCUCUACGUGAAGUUCAAAGCUUCUUCUCUGACGAUAGCUCGGCCGCUUUGGCCCAGAAACAGUCAAAUGCUGUCAGGAAAAGAUUCGACCUGCACAGUUUUCGAAGCGGUUUCACGAAGUCAUCCGGGUUGUUGGGCACCCGACAUAGCUCUACACAACAAGAGAGUGGUACCAUGAGAAUGAGCCAAUCAUGUCAGAUGAAAAUACGGCAGUCAUUUGAGUGUCCACAUCCAGAGUUGGGUGACACGAUUCCGAUGUCCGAUUUUGCGUACAAGAAGCGGAAAGUGCUAGGCCGGUUCAAGGAUUGGUGGAAACGCCAAUGCAUGCAGAAGACCCUAGCUUUGGUGAGGAAGCGGAGUGGGCGGAACAUGGGACACGGAGCUUUUGCAUAA